AUGUCCACUCUCCAGAAGGCCAUCAAAGUAGAAGGGGACAGCGACAACGAGGGGGACCCGCACUCUGCAGCGGCCGAGCUGAACCCGGCCGAUCAGAAGGGAUUAGCCCAGUCCACUGAGAAAUCUCAUAACAGGUCUCCAGUUUGCGACCAGACGGCAUCGGGCGACUCGGAGCUGAGGACAAUAUUGGAAGAGAAUGCCUUGCAAGCCCUGACCGAGGAGUCGGUUUUAAAAAGACCCAGGCUUGUCUACUACGAAGAGGUAGGUGACACUGACCUCAUGUCACUCACCUUCCCGAAAAAACUCUGGAAGAUCGUUGAGAGCGACCAGUUUGCAUCAAUCCGGUGGGACGAUGGUGGAAACUGUGUAGUUAUAGAUGAGGAGUCCUUUAAGAAAGAGGUGCUGGAACGGCGCGGCCCCUCUAGGAUUUUUGAAACUGACUGCAUGAAAAGUUUCAUUCGGCAGCUGAACCUGUAUGGUUUUAGCAAAAUCCGCCAGGACUUUCAACGAUCUGCCUCUCUUUCUGAAUUCAUUGCUGAAGAAAAAGGAGCAGUUUCAAUGACCAAGUUUCAGUUUUACCAUAACCUGAAUUUCAGAAGAGAUUACCCUCACCUGCUGCCCAGAAUGAAGCGGAGAGUUGGGAUCAAAAGUGCCAUUCCUAAUCUUAACUGCACGGAAGGGGAUACCAGUAGUGACUUCCCUGUCAGUGGGGGUCCCUCCUUACCCGGAGGGCCCAGGCAACUAAUACAGACAUUAGCUGUACAGCAGAGCAACCUCGUGUCACCUACGAGAGAAAAUGAGCAAAAGUUUGCAUUCGAAAAUAACCUCGGCAAUCAACGAGUCGCCAAUACCGGGAGCACAAAUGGUUCUGGCAAUGCGGUUCCACCUGCCCUGGCAGCGAGGCCAGCCGACCAUGCAUCUGCAGAGCAGAACGCCAAGGUGAACCAAAUGACUCAGUUUCACCCGUCGCAACACGGUGGCCUCAUCCGGGCUGGCAAUCACGCUGUGGAGACCAGCAGUACCACUUCAGCGACCUCGGUCUACCAUCUCAUGCCCCCCAUGGCUGCUGGGUUUGGACCUAUGAUGGGCAUGCCAGGGUUCCAGGGCAUGUACCCAGACCUGGCUGCAGCCGCCGCGCAGGCCCACCUGGCCAGCCUGCUGCCAUUCUGCAACCCCUGGUUCUCCAUGCCCAUGAUGGCGGCAGCUUCUGCUAUUUCCAUGUCAUCGGGGUCUUCAGUUCAUCACCACCGGCCUCCACCGCACCAUCACCACUGCCCCAACUGCAACUGCCAAGGAGGCAGUGCCUCGUCCACAAGAAAUGGCCCCAGAAACAGUGAUUAUAUGACAGGGCCACACAGAUAA